GAUAACUUUUGUCAUAUAAUAUAAAUAUUUGGAUUCUGAAUUAGCUGCCCAGCAAUAUUUCAUUGACAUGACUGAGUAUCAAAAGAUUGUUAUUGGAAAAAAGUUCAAAGAUAUUCAGAUUCCUUCUGAGAAUAUAUAUAAUUUAAUAUUACGCUCUCCAGAAAUUCAAAAUAAAACACCAAGAUACCAAUCCAAGUACAGCAACAAAACGAAGAAGUUCUACGGGUCAAAAAAGAAACCGCACCAAACGAUGGGAUAUGCCAAAACACCAUUAAAAAGUCCAGCAGAAUACCUUAAAAAACACACAAGGGAAACGAAACCGAAUAAAGAAAGUAAGCCUUUCUCUUGUCUGGAUAUAAGCCAUAAAAGACCGCCAGUACCUAAGAAGGAAGAUGCCCCUCUAAUCAUUCACGAAGGCAAAGACAAGAAUUUCAUCUCGCUGAACAAGCUAGAUGUUAUAAGGAAACCCGCCUUGAGACCGGCCAGGAAGUCAGUGGACACUCAGAAAGGAGAUUCAUUUUUCUUAGAGUUUUCUGGUUUAGUACCGAAAUUCUGCAUGAAAAAGGAAUUUGGAGUAACUCCAAAAUACCUUGUUCAGCGACGAAAAGAUCUUCAAUAUUCUAAUGAGUUAUAUCAGAAAUCACAUCCCAAUAGGAAAUUUAUUAAAUUAUCUGAAGAAGAAAGAAACAAUCUACUCGAAGGUCUGCGGGCUAACUGGGAGCGAUUGAAUACUCAGUACAUGUCAUUACCUCUCGUCAUCGACACAAAAUCACUAAAGAGUAGGAAACUGGAACUUGAGAGAAAGCUGGAUCUCUUGGAACAUGACAUCUAUUUUCUGGAAAAGAAUGAAGAAAACGAUAUCUAUGUAUUGCCUGAAUGAGUUCUCUUGAUCUGCAGGGAACUG